UCCCUCGACCACAUCCUUUACACGGUUCUGGGAUUAUUACACCAUUUCAAAUUUUGAAUGCAUGGGAAGCGCAAUGUUGCCCUCUUGAUGGAAUUUUACAUAAAUGGAUUUUGCUGACUAAUAACCAAUUACAAGGCAUUUCAGCUGCAUCACAAAAACUAGUAUAUUGGUAUAAAGAAUAG